AUGAUUAUCGACACGGGAUCACCGUUUUCUAUCAUUCCGCAGGAGGUGUAUCUAAAGCACCGUCCGAGUUGGCCACGCUUAUCGAAAUGCAAACACACGCUCAACUGUUACUUGGGCAAGUUACCCAUUGUCGGUGAACUGCACCUUGAAGCCCAUUUUGCGGGGAAGACUGUACCUGCCACACUGAUAGUUACAGGCUGCUCGGGUCCCAGCCUUUGCGGAAGGGACUUAAUCCAAGCGUUCUCGCUUUUGCCGUCCGGGUUUCUCGCUGUGGUUCAAUCGAUGUCAGCAGAUCCCGACAGCCUCAGGACCGAGUUUCCUGCCCUUUUUGAGCCAGGACUUGGAAACAUUCAGGGGCCACCUGUGAAAUUCCACAUUCGAGAAGGUGCCCAACCGAAGUUCCACAAGGCGCGGUCAAUUCCUUAUGCUCUUCGUGAAAAAGUGGAAAGGGAGCUGGACCGUUUAGUAGAGCAAGGCAUAUUAUCGUCCAUAGCACAUUUUGAGUGGGCGGCGCCAAUCGUACCAGUACUGAAGAAAGCCGGUUCCCUUCGCAUCUGCGGCGAUUUCAAAACUACAAUCAAUGCUGCGUGCAUAACUGAGCAGUACCCUUUAUCAAACAUUGAAGACAUUUUCGCGUCGCUACGUGGGGGAUCAUUUUUCACAACACUGGACCUUAAGGAUGCAUAUGACCAACUCCCAUUGAAUGAGGAGGCGAGGAAGUUGACCGUGGUAAACACUCACAAGGGGUUGUUCUGCUAUAACCGUCUUCCGUUUGGAGUUGGCUCGGCUGCCGCGAUUUUUCAGCGGCGCAUGGAAACGGUCCUGGCCGGUUUUCCAGCCGUGCAAGUGUAUUUGGACAUGCUUCAAGAAAAUGGUAUCAAGCUGAAGGCUGAAAAAUGCCACUUUCGCAAAGACUCAAUCGUCUACCUGGGCCAUCGCAUUGACAAAGACGGCUUGCAUCCGCUUGAGAAGAACCUAGCAGCAAUACGCGACUCGCCACGGCCUACGAAUUCUCCUUCAGAGAUGCUACUGAACUACCAAAUUCGUUCGCGCUUGGAUACUUGCCUCCCUUCUCUACCUCAAAGUUACUCGCAGCCUCCCAGAUUCCAGUCCGGCGACAAGGUGUGGGUGCGCAACUUUGGCCAAGGGGAGCGUUGGCGUCCAGGCAUCGUCAAUAGCAUAGAGGGUUCACGCCUUGUAACGGUCGACAUUCCAGAUGGUCUAGCCAGACAUCACUUCGACCAAAUUUUCCGUCGCGUGCCUGUGUCACCCGUGACCCCAAAAGCGGAGGCUCCCGACUCGCUUCAACCCAGCCUGGACAACAAGAAUCGGCCCACGUCAACGCCAGAAGCCCGGUGCAGCCUGGCCACUCCAGAAAUUUCUGUGGAUGAAAAAGACCAAGAGAAGAUCGUGUUCGUCACUCCAAAUGGUCUAUAUCAAUUCAAAGUUCAGCGACUGGCCGACCUCUUACUGAUCUUCUGA